UAUAUAACGACAGUGAAUACAUUGGACGUGUCUGAAGCAAAUCUAAAGCGAAUGGAAAUCAGUAAGACCUGUGUGUUGCAUGCCAUAGGUUUAGUUGGUGGAAGUUGUGAAGCAAAUGAAAGAAAUAUUCCAGUUUUACGAUAAUUUUGUGUGUUUUGUAGCAAUAUAAAAAAAAAUUAAAAAAAAGAAAGAAAGAAAUGAUAAAUUAACAAUUACUACUUGACAUUUAAUACAUUUUAAAUAAUCAAAAAUCAGAAUCGAAUUUGAAAAAAAAUUGGCCAAUUUGAAGGAAUGAAAAGUGUUUUUUUUAGUUUGUUUUGUUUGGUUGAACUGUACAAGCAGGACUAAGUUUUUUCGAAUUAAGUAUAAGAGGACGAACAAAUUAAAAAAAAGAAAACUAUAAUGCUUUACUUCGGUCCAAAAAUAAUGAACUCUCUUGGAGAAGACUAAAAUGUGGACUGAGUUACAGAAUUCAGCAAUGAUGGGUCUUCAGGCAACGGCCACGAAACGAAAAUACGAAGUGGGUGUAUGCGGUAAUGCUGGUGACGUACAGGCGAACUGUACGCCAGCGAAAGCGAGUCGAUGGUCGACAAUGUCAACGAUAACUAAUUCCAGAAAUAUAAAUAAAUUCCAAGCGCCAAGCGCCGAAGAUAGCAUAGCCAAACUGGAAGCAGUCGUAGCCGUGCCGAGUGAACUGUGGAGUGCUGAACCAAUCGUAGAUAGUAUAUCAAGAUUACAAGCUGUUGCCGUACCUGAUACAUGGGGAUCUGAUAGUACCAGAUCUGCAUUAGCAACCACCUUAUUGAAUGCAGACGAUUUGGAAGAGGACGACGAUGAUUUCGAAGAUGAUUUUGAUGAAGAGGACAGUAUUAUACCGAGUUAUUCACCAAUCCGAUAUCCUAGUUCACCGCCAAGGGGUUACAUGCCGCCCGGAUAUCCGAAACCAAAUUAUUAUUCGGAACCAUAUCCGCAGCAAAAUUGCUCACGAACGCCGAGCCACUAUGCCCGUGCCGGUCACUACACAUGGAAUAAUAACGGAUAUUAUAUACCGCCGGAAGCAGCAAGUCCACAGCAGACAAUACGUUGUGCUGAAAAUGGCAAAUCGUACCUGGAACUAGGCAGUGGUAGUUAUGGUAGUGUAGACUCUAGGCACCCGAAACGCUGCUGUGAUGGAAGAGGGAAUUGGUGCAAUAGUAAGCAAUGCUAUAGAGACCGAAGACUUAAAAUGAGAAACUUAUCCAUGUUCAAACUGUCGCGAUUUCGUCAAGUAUCCGAGCAAUCUUUGUAUCGAUCUGUGUUAAUUUGCAAUACGCUAAAAAGUAUAGACCGUGAAAUUGAACACGAAAGCAAAGAGUCGUCGCCGAAUAACGCGUCCGAAUUCCAUCAGAAUCAUUACAAUAACUCCAAACUAAUCAACAAUAAUGCACAAAAUGAAUUACAUUCGAACCAGCCAAAUCAAUACUCCUCCAGUGAUAAUAGCAAUAGUAACUUCAAUCAGCCAUCAUUUAACAGCAGCAGUAUAAACAAUAACAAUCGAUUAGCCUCAUCGGUGACCACUAUCGUAUCAUUGAACGAAUCAAUUACACCGUACGACCCGCUAAAAGAAGCCCAAUCCGGACGGGCAACGCCAUUCCCACUAUCCGGUGAUACCGAUUCCGGUUUCGGUGACGAGGACUGUACCCGGCCUAUCAAUUGGGGAUCGGUGUUAAGUUUAUCGUCCCAAUCGGCAUUGGAUCCGUUGAACAACAACGAUCUGUUUACCACCCAAACGACCAGCAUGGCGAUAACGCAAAGCAGUACUACGACAACAUUAACUGGUAGUUCGUCGACAACGAACUGGGAAUACAAUUUAUUGGAUAUGGAUUUGGGUCUGGGACCUGAGCUAACCGAAUUACUGCCUAGUUGGAAACUAACUCCAUUGAGUGCUGACGAUAUACUGAAAUCUGUGUCGCCGCCGCUCGAACCAAGUAAAGUGAUGUUAGAAAGUGAAAUAGACUCAUUUACACAUAUAAUGGUCGGGAGUUAGUAUUCAUUGAAUUUUUAGGCAAAUAAAUAUUAAAACUACACAAACAAAACAAAAAAAAAAGAAUUAUUUUAAAUUGCUCAGGUUGUGAGGCUUUGUUCAGUCAAAUUGAACAAAAUCGCUUUAUCUAAUAAGUUUUUAAUUAAUUUAUUAUUAUUAUUUAAUAAAAAAAAAGAAAAA